AUGGCAAACACACACGUUUUUCCUGGAGGAGUAAUAUCCGAUGAAGAUUUCCGUCAUGAUCAUGUUCAAACUCCGUCAUCACGUUUCCCGGCGUGUGCAGGUCGAGAAAAUGCCGAUGCAGGAUUCAGAGUAGCAGCUUUACGCGAGACCUUUGAAGAAACCGGUCUAAUUUUCUCCGACGAACACGAAAGACGUGUCGAAGAAAUCCGUGAUUUGCAAUUCAAAGUCAAGAACGAUCCUGGUGAAUUCUCGAAUUUAUUACCGAAAGAGAGUAUGCCAACGUUACUGCGGUCGUUGCAUCAAUGGACAAAUUGGCUGACACCAUCGGACAUCAAGCGCCGAUUCGACACUAUGAUGUAUGUCAAAUUCAUGGAUGAUCCUCGUCCAGCUCCCUCGUUGGACGCAUCAGAAAUAACUUCGUGUGCCUGGCUGGGUCUUAAUGAAGCCUUGAGUCUAGGAAAAUCCAAGAAAAUUCUCCUUCCUCCGCCCCAGUUUUACGAAAUUUUAACGUUGAGGGAUAUAAUGAAUUCGUCUAAAACAUGGGAGGAAUUCCAGAAGAACGUGAUGCGACGAAGUGAACUGCUCCGUGAGGCAAGUAUCCGCUGGCUCGUGGUGCGAGUCAAAACAAAAGACGGCGAAAUCGGAUUGCUUCCUGGAGACGACAUGUAUCCAGAAUUCCCUGUUGAAGAGACCCGUGACGGCAUGGAAGAGUUGGCCAUAACUUGUGAUGAAGCUCGAGAAAAGUGUGUUAGGUUGCACAGACUUGAAGGAGUCGGAAUAAAAGAUUUUUGUUUGAUAAGAUUUUUGAAGAUGAAAGGAAAGCGUUGGUUCGGAACUGCGCGGCUCAACUCGCUGUUGUGUUUUGCGGGUGCAUUAGUUUCUAGCUACGGAUUAUACACAGAGUUGCGGAAAGAAGCGGAUCCCGAUUAUGCUCCAUUAUGUGAUUUACACGAGUAUAUCAGCUGCUCAAAAGCGUUUGACUCAAAAUUUGGCAAAGGCUUCGGCAUAGUCGGUCCAUUGUUGGGGGAAGACUCUUCUUUAAAUCAAUACAACUCCUUGUACGGCAUCAUUUCGUACAGCCUGCUCUUCGUUAUUGGCAAGUUAUUUCUGGAAAAUUUGAGGUAG